UCCCAGCGAGCUCAACAAGCUUAUCGCAACCCAUACGGUAUUCCUUACCCUAAGUACACUGGCCGUUGCGAUGCGAGUGUACACGCGUACUCGCAUCUCUAGGGUAAAGAUGGGCCCUGAUGACUAUCUCUGCAUCCUCUCCUACUUGGCGGCCGUGGCCUUCUCAGGCGUCCUGUUCAAAUCUGUUUCAUGGGGAAUUGGCCGUCACAUGUGGGAUGUGCCAGCCGUCUGGAUGGUGUCGGCUUUGAAGUUCCAAACCAUCGCGUCAUGGAUUUAUCUCUGGGCAGCCACUUUGGUCAAGCUCAGCUUCCUCUUCCUAUAUCGUCGCGUGUUUGCGAUGGAGACAAAAGCCGCGAGACUACUCAAUGGUGGCAUUGCCGUUUGUUUUCUGGUCAACCUAGGCCUGUUCUUCGGCAUCGUCUUCUUCUGCAUCCCAGUCGAAAAAGCAUGGGACGAUAGCAUACCGGGCCGUUGCUCAAAUCCCGUCGUUCUCGCUUAUUUCACCGGCGUCUGGAAUACCGUGAUGGAUAUCUACGUGCUUCUCGUCCCGGUUCCAUUCCUUAUGGGAUUGAAUAUUGGCCGGGAGAAGCGGUUGAGGCUUGUAGCUGUCUUCAGCGUUGGCAUAUUCGCCUGUAUUGCAAGCGUUGUCCGACUAGCAAUGACUUCAGUCCUACAAAGCAGCUUUGAUGCCACAUACAAUCUGGCUCAAGUUGCACUCUGGGCGUGAGUCUUUCAGGCGAGAGUCCCGAUUUCUUUGAAGCACUAACCCUUCCCUAGGACAAUUGAAGUCCAUGUGGGGCUCUGCUGCUCCUGUCUAAUGCUGGUACCGGCAUUCCUCGGACGCCAUCUACCUGAGUCGGUUAAAUCCUUCCUGCGCGCUAUCUCAUCGACAAUAGGGAAG